AUGGCUACCCGAAUCACGCGGCGCGGAUGGUUGUUCUUGGCACGCAGCCUCUCGCUCUCCAACCAGGCUGCAAUUGUCCGAGCCCGACAAUGCCACUCCCCUCUGCAUGAUUUGCUUCGCGCGCAAUUCUCCACGACGAGGACAGUCGCUAGCAAUGGUGGCGGCGACCAGCCAAACAACAACUUCGCGGCCGUAGCUACCGGAGGCUACGAGUACCCCGGCAUCCCCCGGUUCGAGGACCCCUACGCCAAGAGGAAAUGGCAACUGGAGCACAUGGCCGGCGCAUUCCGCGUCUUUGCUCGGAUGGGCUUCACCGAGGGCGCAAGCGGGCACAUCAGCGUGAGGGACCCGGUCGACCGGGAGACGUUUUGGAUCAACCCAAUGGGCGUCCACUUUGGUCUCCUAACCGCCAGCGACAUGGUGCACAUUGACGAGCACGGCCAAGUCAUCGGCGGCAACCGCACCGCCGUCAACGCCGCCGGCUUCCGCAUCCACUCCGCCGUCCACCGAGCCCGGCCGGACGUCGACGCCGCCUGCCACAUGCACUCCAAGCACGGCAAGGCCUGGUCCGCCUUUGGCCGGCCUCUCGACAUCAUCAACCAGGACGCCUGUCGCUUCUGGCGCAACCACGGCGUGCACACGGAAUACGGCGGCGUCGCGCUGGCGGACGACGAGGGCGUGCGCAUCGCGGCGUCGCUCGGGCCGAGCCACCGCGCCGUCAUCCUACAGAACCACGGCCUGCUGACGGCCGGCGGCACCGUGGACGAGGCCGCGUAUCUGUACACCCUCAUGGAGAGGACGUGUGAGAUCCAGCUGCUGGUGGAGGCGGCCGGGCUGGAGAAGAGGCUGAUCGGCGACGAGGAGGCGGCCUACACGUACAAGUACGAGGCAGACCCGGAAACGCUGUACACAGAGUUUCAGCCCGACUUUCAAUACGAAGUGGCCAUGGCCAAUGGACAACUAUACGGGGGCACAGACUUUGGGAAGAGAGAGCCACAUUAUACAAGAUAA